AAACCAAAAAAAGAUUAUAAUCAAUGAACUAUAUGCUUCCGUUCGCCAACUACUACAUUUCAACACCAAUUAUGUCCGAGAAGAAAAACUUCACCAGAAGCAGUAACAAUAGGAGAAAGAAGAGAUGGACACCGACACUCUUCACCGGAGGCGGAGGAGAAGGAAGAGGAGGAGAUGAUGAGCUGGCGACAGUGAAAGCUGCUGCGUGGGCUUGGUACCAAAGACACGAAGGAAAACCGAUGAUGAGAGAGUUUGAUCUCACUACAAGAGCCACAAGAACACCUCGACCUUCCCGGUAUAAGCUCGAGGCCAGCAAGAACUUGACCCUCUCCGAGAAGAAGGUUUCAAAACCACACUCUAAUCAUUUGAUGCGUGGAGAUCAAAAAACCAAGUUCUCUAGUCUUCUUGACCCUUAUGAGAUCAAGAGCAUCUCUAAGAGAAUUGACGAGGGUUCGUUACCAACUAGCGUUUUCCGAUAUGAUCAUGGUCAUCAUUAUGAUCAUGAUAUGUUGCAGAAGAAGCUUGAAUAUGAUAGUAAGAAAGAGAAUGGGUUGGUGAAAAAAAUGAGCAUUAGAAAUUUGUGGAAAGGAAUGAUUCUGAUGGCUCCAAGGACGGUUUGUGGAAGAAGUGAUGAUGUGGAUCUUGGGGCAUAUCGGGUUGGUCCAAGAACAGAGAAGGUUGCACCGACGAGUGUCAAUAUGCGAACCGGCCGUCGCUAACUCUAUAGUCUCUACUCUCUAGUUAUUGAGGAGCUAAAGUAUGUGUUUAGACAUUAUUACUGCUAAAAGACUUCUUUUCUAUAACAUUAAAGGAUUUUAACAAGU